AUAACGUGUAGUUGAGGUCUUGUUGGCGGCUGUCUGAUUCAGAAAAUUGUGUUUUAUUGGCGUGAAGCCGUUACCUGGGGAUAACGUGAAGGCGACACAUUGAGCUACACAUCUUAUUUAAAAAUGGAGAUAAUGUGACAUUCACAGCUAGCUAAAAUUUAAGAUUUGGGAUGUGAUUUUUUUUUUAAUUUAAUGUGGGGUUGUCGCUUCGUAGUGGCAGCAAGUCAUUUUCCGUUAUGUAAGGGAAAAAAUGGCAUUUUCAACAUAUGGUGGGUUUUAAUAUGUAACGCUGACGGCACAUCUUUUGUUACAUUUUAAGCUAAUACGAUGUCGGCUUUAACGUUAUGAAUUACACAUAACGGUUAUUCUGACGUUUUAUUAUGUCGUUUUAUGUCCGUAAAACCGACGAGCAGUCCGAUACAGGUGUCAGGGCUUUUUAUUACCACGUUAGAGACAAACGUGUUAUCUCAAGUUUCAUGUUUUGUAUGAACAUUUGUUUUGCUUGCUUGGUUUUGGAUGUUACCGCAGAGUAAAUAGAGCGGUUACCGAAUUUCUGCAGAUCUGCAAUGGGCCACUGCGGCCGCCCUCUGCCGGCUUCCGCUCAGUAGUGAGGGUGUAAUUAUCAUGUGGGCUGGGAUGUUGGAAGUGGAGGGUGAACCCACUUUGCCCACCUCCUUUUUCACUGGUAGACAAAAGUGAAGCUACUCACCUCUGACAGGCAGAUUUUAGCUAAACAUUAACAUCCUGUCACUUCUCAGGACCAAAGGACAGGCAAGGUUCAGGUGUUUACGUAAAAUAAAGAAAGCCUUGACCUGCUGGAGGACUGUUAUACCCACCUUGCUGUCCUGUUUAUCCCCUUAGAUCAAACUUCUUUCCAAACACACAUAAGAGAACAUUUUAAUGCUGAGUAAGAUGUCAAGAGGACAUGCAAACUUGCAGCAGUGUGCGCUUUUAAAAGACCCAACUUCUUUUUUUAGUUAGCAGUGUAUUGAAUAGGUUAUACUGAGGCUAAGCAGUGCUAUAAAGCAUUCCUGCAGCCUUGAAAUUAUUGAUGAGGUGAGUCAUUCUUGGGUGUAAGAUGACAUCCUAUGCUCUCCAUUGGAACCGUUGUACCUUUUUGGCUUUCAUUCAGUAGAAAGCUACGUCAUCGUGUUAAAUAUUAAUCUAAUCUGCAUGGAGGUCUGCACACAAUAUAGCAUUCCCUUAAAGUAUGCGUCCCAGAGCCAAGGACUGCUAAAUGUCACCGGUACACAGAUAUCCUCUAAGUUGAACUAACAACUACUGCAAGGAGACAAGUGGACAAAACAUAACCAAACAACACUUGGACAGCAGCACAAUACUUAAACAACAAAAGACAGGGACGACUACCAAGUGUCUAGCUAACGCACAUAUUGACACUUUGACCAGCCAGGGCUUGACAUAAAUGGCUGACAAGCAGAUCAGUUUGCCUGCCAAAUUGAUCAAUGGGGGGAUCGCUGGCCUAAUUGGAGUGACCUGUGUGUUUCCCAUUGACCUGGCCAAGACUCGCUUGCAAAACCAGCAAAAUGGAUCUCGCCUUUACACCAGCAUGUCAGACUGCCUUAUUAAGACCAUCCGGUCAGAGGGGUAUUUUGGGAUGUACCGAGGAGCGGCAGUGAACCUGACACUAGUGACGCCAGAGAAAGCCAUCAAAUUGGCUGCCAACGACUUCUUCAGGCAUCACCUCUCCAAGGAUGGAAAACUCACCCUGGUCAAAGAGAUGCUGGCUGGGUGCGGGGCAGGUACAUGCCAGGUUAUUGUCACAACUCCUAUGGAGAUGUUGAAAAUCCAGCUCCAAGAUGCUGGAAGAAUUGCGGCUCAGAGGAAGUUGAUGCCAGAGAUGGUGGCAGCAGGUACCGUGGAGACAAAGUCCCCAACAGCCAUGCAGCUCACCAGACAGUUACUGAGGGAAAAGGGCAUUGCUGGGCUCUAUAAAGGUCUUGGGGCCACAUUACUCAGGGAUGUUCCUUUCUCCAUCAUCUAUUUCCCCCUUUUUGCCAACCUGAAUAACCUGGGCAAGCGAGGCACAGAUGGACCUGCUCCUUUCUACGUGUCAUUUAUAUCAGGCUGCCUUGCGGGGAGCACAGCGGCUGUUGCCGUCAACCCCGUCGAUGUGAUAAAGACUAGACUGCAGUCGCUGAACCGAGGAAGCACAGAAGACACGUACAGUGGAGUGACUGACUGUAUCAGGAAGAUCAUGCAGAACGAGGGUCCAUCAGCCUUCCUGAAGGGGGCCUACUGUCGAGCCUUGGUCAUUGCACCUCUGUUUGGCAUCGCCCAGGUGGUGUACUUUCUGGGCGUAGGUGAAUUUAUCCUCAGCUUCUUGCCUAAAAAAGACAACUAAGAAGCAUUUCCUAUCUGCCUUUCCCUCCCAUAAUGCAUCACACCAACCGUGUGAGGAUUCAUCUCAUUCUGAAAGAAAUUCUCGAUGGGUCAAAACAUGACCAAUCAGUACAUUUUGUUUUAAAGUUUUUGUGUUGAAUGUUGAAAUAGUUUAGGAGGGAGCCUUUGUUUGCCAAGCUGCCUGUGGUGACACACAAAGUUCCAGUCAGCAUGCUCAGCUCGCUCUCUGGAAAUGAAGCCACAAAUAUCAGUUGAAGUUUUAAAGGAAUAUUGCUUUAUAAUUACAUUUUAUUGCAUUUUUGCAUUUUUUUUUUUAAUAUGAUUGUUGAAUUUUCAAAGUAGAUGCCAGCACUGCCCUUGGUUGCUGCAGUUCCGCAAGCCCUAGAGUACCUAAUUCAUAACUAAGAACUAAAUUAGUAAAUUACAGUACAAAUGUUUAAUUACAGAACAGUGACUAGUAAAAUUAAAUGCAUGUACUUUAAUUAGAAGGAUAUUUGAGAAAAUUAGAUUUGGUAGAAUAUUUACUGAAAAUGCAAUUCAAAGAACUCCCCCAGACCUCAUGUCUUAAUGGACAUUAUCAUUAGAAUUAGAGCAAAUUAUCUGCCUCUGUUUCAGACAAAGACCCAGGGAAUGUGUUGGUUUGAUACCAGCACACUCCCUGUGAUCUUUCCUGAGAAGCCACAUCCUUUCUUGUAAGUGGUUGUAAUGAACUCAGCCAUUCAUCUCCAAACAGACUUUGAUUGCCUUGGCUUUUCAAGUAGAUCAGGUUCCAUCUGAUAUUUAGUGCUACCACAAUGGUUCGACUGUUUUGCCUCUGUGAGAGAUAUCUCUUGUUUCGUAGUUGCUCACUACACUAAGGUGAAAGCGUACAACAUGUGGGCAUUUUACACUACUAAACUGCAUGUGCAAAUCGUUUAAGCUCUACACAAGACCCCCCCCAGAAAAAAAAAAACUGCUUCUGUUCCUCUUUAAAUGUCGAACAAGUUGUACUUGUGUCCACACCUCAAUCAGUGAAGUCGCAGCAGGGGUUUUGCCUUUGACAGAUGAUGGAAAACACCUGCUGUCACAUCACUGAUUGGAUUGUGGCCAGAAGUGCAGUGCGCUUUAAAAUCUGAGUCCACGCAGAGCAGCGCAAUGGCGAUUUUUCUGCCCUGUGUGAUUCAUUGUGGAUUCAUAUGAAAGAAUUAGCUGCGGACACUAAAUGGGUUGAAAGUAAUUUUAAUAGAAUGCCAGAUUAUUAGUAGAAGUUCACUAAUUAUACUGACAAAUGGUCAGACGUCACAUGCUGAGGCCUCACGAGAACACUCAUCCAUUGUGGAGCCGGUGAGAUUUUAGCUGGAGUAGCUCAAACACUUUAGAUCCAGGCAUGAUUAUUAUUGUUUACAGAUGAGUUCACGCUCAAUUUGAAUUCUUUGUCCAAAUAUGAAUUCAGUGGCAGGACCCAAAGAGCUAAUGAAAAACAUUUCUUUAUCAGAAAAUUAAACCAUUGAGGUUUCAGUGUUUUAUGAGUUUUACCAAACAUCUUGGCUUGUUUGCUUUAGAGGUUUUGUUUGCUUUAAGCUGCCAGGGAAAGCAGCCCUGUCCUAUCUUAUUUAUGCAUCACAACACUGAAGCCCUGCCAUUGGUUUAUCUUGCCGGAGAUCAAGGUGACUUUGAUGUGUUAUUAUCCAAUCAUUCCCUCCUCGCUCCCACCGUUCAAGCAACUCAUCAAUUGUACUGUCGCACUGUAGAUGCGCAAUGCAACUUUUCGAUGUAUUCUCAUUUGUGGGAGUGAGAUGUAUUUAUCGAUAUUCCUUUCUAUGGGCAGUAUAGCACUAUAUAUUUGUAUGUGUUGUUUUUUCUGUGUCAAAGUGUCCACCUUACUAUAUUGUACAUAUGCAGAUGAUAUGAACUUUAUGUUUUAGGAUUUAUUGUAUGUUUUGUACAUGAUGGCUUAUUUGCACACCUACCUCUCCAGCUCCCACCCCCUCAAUCCAUAUUGUGGUGAUUUUAUGUUACAAUGAUGUGGACAUAUCAAAUGAAGGAAAAUGUUUGGAUGCAACAAGCGUCACUGAACUGAAAUAUAGCAUAUUGAUAAGAUUUUUUUUUUUUUUUACUGUAUGCAAAGGGGAACAGCAGUGUAGGUCCAGGAUGUCGUUUUUUUGGAGGUGCCAUUUCUCCCAAGCUAUUGGUUAAGUUGGGUUGGCCUAUUGUCCUGUUUCCUACAGUUUUAUCAACUAGGACCAAAUGAAGCAUGACAUAAUGAUGAUAGAGAUGUAGUUAGAUUUUAGUGAAUGACCUACAGCACUACUUUAACUGUUCUGGAAACAAAAUAAAUGAAAUACACCCCGGACGAAGCCAGUAGGGACCUGCUGACAUUAGACUGUAAAUCUAAGAUCUGUCUUUUUGAAUGGUGCUUUUUUCAUGAGGUCGCUACAAUACGACAGCGGCCUCACUGACGACCAAGGCUGUGCUGACUGAAUCACAUGCUAGCAAAUCUCAGUGUUAUCGGUGUCUUAACUGAAAGCCAUAGGUCAGAGAGGGGGAAACACAACUUCUAGACAUUAACUGGCACCUCCAGCCAUGUUGAAAGACGACAGCUGAGCCACAAGAAAAUGGCGAAAAAAGAAAAAAAAAAACAAAACACAAAACAGAUCUGCCUAUUCGUGUGAGCUCGCCUUUCUAAAUCCCUUUUUUCAACAUUCCAACUGCCAGUUCAUCUCACGUAUAAAUGCUGUUAUCGUGGUCAUAAUGCCUAUUUUUCGUGUUGUUGAGAUCGAUGUUUUAAUUUUUGAACCUGCCAGCCCUGCUCCUCCCUUUUCAAAUUUUAUUGUCGGUUUUUGGUUGAAUCUUGAAAAAUGUUGUGCAAAGUCAUUUUGUUUUACACAGCUGUGAAUUAUCCCUGAACUUGUGCAUUUGGUUAUGUAUGUGCGCGUGCGUAUGUUUGUGUGUGUGUGACUGUGUAGUGCUGUGGUUGACGUGUAGUUGUCAGUGUGACACUGCUGUAUUUUUCUCUUUGAUUGUCAGGCCCAUGCUCUCUCUCUUUCUCCCCUCUUUUCUCUUAUAUGUCCCACUCCUCUGCCAUCUUCUCUCCCCAGCAUUUCCAGCAGGGGGUGCAGGUUAAUGCAGAGGAGCUCAUAAAAACACCAAAUGUAUGACUUAGAGUGUAUACAAUCAAAGAAAGCACAAAGGAUUAUUAGGCACAAGAGACCACAGUGAUUAAACUCAGACAAGGUCCUUUUCAAAACAAUGUGCUGCUUUGGCCGGUAUGGAUUCAAGUCAGAUGUUCGACUGAGACUAACUUUUUAGUCUUGUGAGAAAGUUUAUCUGUCUGUAAAACUUAAUCCAUAGGGCUGAGACAACAGGAUAAGAGACCCAUGAGUUGGUGUCCACUAUGUUAGCCAUCAGCAGUUAACCACAAAAUGUAUAUUGCCUACUUAUUCUAAGUGAAUCAAAUACAAGAAUGUAAUUUAGAUAUUAUGAGAUGUAUUAUAAUUAUAGUGAAGAGUUUAUUACAUUUUAAUCUAAACAUUUGUGCUUUACACAUUCACUAAAAAGUUCAUAAACCAGCUCACUGAUAUGCAAUAAGUAGAAACCACACACAGACACACUGAAAAAAAUCCUACAACACAGCCUCAGUCAGUUACAAAAACCACACAAUGUAUGAUGCAAUCGGGGACCUUUGGAGGCCUUCUGGGGUCAGAGCUCUCUUCACCACCUCUGUUGUCUUCCUCCAAGAGGAAUUGUGCAUUACAGCACUUUAAAACAAGGACCCCACCCCCACCACCCCUACCCCGUUCACCAUUUACAAAGUCUCUCUAUGACAAAGAGGGUGUUUAUGAAUAUGUGUGGCGAAUGACACAGUUGUCCUACACAUUGUUGACAAUGCAAUGGAAAAAAGUUAAAUAAAAUAUUGUGUUUCCUGUCACAAUUUGCUGUUCAAUAAACUGUCUUCAAAUCAG